CCCCGCAAAAUCACUCACCCCCUUCAGGAAAGGCAAAUCGCUGGCUCACUGACCCACCAUCUUCUCCACAGCGAGGAGGGAGGAAACAGCGCCCACGGACUCUCCGCCUAUCGGUGUUGCUCCGGCUGUAACAACCGCUCUAACGUUAUUCCCAGCAUAUAGCGGCUAACGGCGCGGAACAGGGAGAACCUAUUGCGCAGGCGCAGCCUCAGCUGGCACACACAGAGAUGAGGGGGAGGGGAAAUGAAAUGAACGGAUUUGCAAUGCCUCCGAACAAGUCCAGUACGCAAGCGCGCGGCCGAGCCAGCGGACUCGCACUGCGCAGGCGCCAUACUCCAGACAAUGGGAAGCAGAGGCAACAACAAAAAAAUAGAGAUCCUUUUAGAAACAGAAACACAGAAUGUGGUGAAUAUGUAAAUAGGUGCGGCAAUAUAGAUUUUGUUUCUCCUAUGAGAGUACUGAACACGUUUCUUCUCUGCGUUGGGCGUGAGUGAAGAGUACAAACGGAUCCAACCGCGGGUGUGGGGGUAAUGCGUGGUGUGCGUAGGCUCAAAGGACGAUGAACUUCUCUAUUAUACUGGCGGCAGCCACAGACCUAUUAUUCUACGUUUUUGCGGUACGAAACAACUACAAAUCCCAGAAAGAAGUGCAGCAAAGACUCAUAGGCAGAUACCAUAGUAAUGGCGCGUUGCAUGCCGGGGACGGGAGCAUAGAGCGCUUCCUGCCUCUUCGGACCUGCGCGAGGCGGGAUUACCCGCCCACCCCUCGAGGAAGAUGUAGUUGCUGUCUGUCGCCCGGCUUUCUUCUACUCUAAGCGGGACUUAAAAAAGACCGUUUCUUGGUUGUCUAGCAACAAGCUUCCUCGUGAGAGGCAUUGGAAGCUCUCUACUCCUCACCCCUUGGGAUUGUAGUCUCUCCUAUUAACCGUUCCUAUUCUAUCUAGAGGUAGUAGCAGCUGUGCUGGACUACAGCGACCGAAAACCAACGGGGAAAGCUGAGCAAGAUUUACCUCGCACGUUUCCCAAUGCAGGGAUGUCCAGAGCCCGUAGGGGCUGCGGAAAGGGCUGCGGCAUGUAGUCCGAGACCCGCCUGGGGAGACUCACCAAGUUAUUUUACCCCCGUGAAUGAGGUCGGAGGAGAGACGGACAUUGAGUCUCUGGAGCAAUGUCACCAACGCUUACAUGACCGUGCUAGUAAAAGCCACAAUCAACUGAGGUAUGCCUUUGGAGGAAAAGAUCUGGCAAUGGGGGAAGGUGUAGCUGCACCUGAUCAGUUAUUUUCUAAUGCAGGCCCUCCAGAGAGUGAGGAUAAAGCUUGGCAGGAGCUACAGCACAGCCAUGCAGUUAACCAACUUAAAGCUUUAUUACGGCAACAAGAAGAAAAAGAGACUGAAACAUCCCCUUCAAGGAGGAGGAGAAUAUCACCCACAAGAACAUCUAAAGCUACAGAUCAAAGCUUGCCUGCCUUUUGUGAUCUUGUUUCUGUCAUUAAUGAUAAGUCACAAUAUAUUAACCACUUAGAGGCUGAAGUGAAGUUUUACAAGGAAGAAAUAUCUGAACUGAAGGCUUGUAUACAUGGGACUAAGCUUGAAAAAGAGAAACUCCAUAAUAAACUGAAAGUGUUAACAGCGGAACACAGUUUAAGAGAGCAAACUCUCCUGGAUGCCUCGAGAAAUACUCAGAAUGCCUAUGUUGGCGGUGGUUCUCCUAUUUGUGAAACUGUCAAAUCAUCUCCUCAUAUUAAGGAACAGGACACAGCAGCUACAUUAGAGAUGGAUAAAUGGCAGCUAGAAUUGGAAAAGCUAAAAUGUCUCUAUCAACAACAGACAGAAGUACUUGAAGCUCAGGUCCUAUCUUUAAGAAAGGAGUUAUCAGAGUCUGAAAAAAACUGUGAAGAUCUGAGCGGAAGAUUAAAGCAUCAGCAUUUACUCAGUGCAGCAAAUCAUUCCAAUAGGGUUGGCGGCCUUUGUUUACAAUGUGCACAGCAUGAAGCUGUUCUUUCCCAAACACAUUCAAACAUCCACAUGCAGACCAUUGAAAGACUAACAAAUGAAAGAGAUGAGCUAAUGGCAGCACUUUCCUCAUUCAGAAUAAAAGAAACUGACAUGCAGCAAACGUUAUGUAACGCCUAUGAUCAAGUGAAGCAAGCUAUGCACGUGACUGAAGAAGCCAAUUUGGAAAAAGCUAAGGCUGUAGUCCAGUAUAGACAACUUAAACAGGAUAUGGAGAGACAGAGAGGCUGUCUUGAAAGGGAGCUAGCAAUCCAACUAGAUAAGAGAGCGACAGAGCGAGAAGCAGUUUGUGAAGAACGGAAGAAAGAAAAAGAGAACUUGUCAUCGUUGGUGCUGUCUUUAUCUCAGAAUGUGGCUAGUUUGGAGGCUCAGGUUGACAGGAUAACCAGGGAGAAGAUCUCUUUAGCCAAUCAGCUAGAAGAAGUUCAAAAACGAAAUGCUUCUCAUGAUAUGGAGAUAAAUAAGGUAUGUGGAGAAGUACGUUAUCAACUGAAUCACACCAAAAUGAAGAAAGAUGAGGCAGAAAAGGAGCACAGAGAGUAUAGAAUGAAAACUGUAAGGGAACUUGAAAUUAAAAAUCAGGAAACAGAGAAAUUACAAGCAGAGCUCAAUGAAAGUAAACAACGUUUGGAACAAGCACUGCAGGAUACAGCAAGAGCUAAGGAUGACUGUUUGAAACUAACCGAAUUGCUGGGUAAAGCUGAGCACCAACUGCACCUCACCAGGAUAGAAAAAGAGAACAUUCAGCACAGCUUUAGCAAUGAGGCAAAGACCCGAGCCCUCCAGGCCCAACAGAGAGAGCAGGAGCUGACACAGAAGAUGCAGCAAAUGGAGACCCAGCAUGAUAAAACUGUAAAUGAACUGGAUUCAUUGCUGAGCUCGCAAAAUACACUUUUAUCAAAAUUAAAAGAAGAAUGUUGCACGCUGGCAAAGAAGCUUGAACAUAUCACAGAAAAAAACAGGUCUGAAGUCAGCCAGCUUAGUCAGGAAAAUGAAUAUGUCCAUGACAGACUUGAGAAGAUGCUGAAAAGGAAUGAUGAAUUGGAGGAGCAGUGUAUCCAACAUGGAAGGAUGCAUGAAAAAAUGAAGCAAAGGUUGCACCAACUUGACAAGCAUUGCCAGACAACUGCCCAGCAGCUUGUGGAAUUACUAAACAAACAGAAUGAACUAUAUAAGGAGAGACAGAUGCUUACUGAGGAGGUGGAGUUCCUGCGUACUCAGAAGCAACAACAGUGGUUCCAUGCUCUCAGCUCAACUCCCUUAAAUGAAGGGUGA